AUGUUCUCGAGAUUUGUCUCUCGAGCAGCAUUACAAGUUAUAUUUGCUCGAUCAACAAUUCCUUCUAUCUCUUAUCGAUUAGAAAGUUCAACAUCGAAUUCUAAAUCAAUUCCUUCGCAACCUUCUAAAAAUCCAGAUAUUGAUGAAAAUGAAAGUUUUCUUAAUAAUCGUGAUACAGCACAAGCAAUUGCUGAUGAAGAAGCAAUCGAUAGCAUCGAACAAGCAACAAGUAAUCGUGCUGAAAUGAUUAGUCAAGCAAUGAAAAAUUAUUUAUUGAAAUCAAGAGAAAAACAAAAAGUACUGGAUGAAAAAAUUCAUGAAUAUGAAAUAGGACGAAGACAUUUAGCAAAAAUUAUGGGAGAAGAUCCAGAAAGUUUUAAUCAAGAUAAAAUUGAUGAUGCUUUAAAUUAUUUACUUCCAUCAGGUUUACUUGAUGAACGUGCUCGACCAAAAAUGAGACCACCCGAAGAAAUGUACCCAAAAGAAAAAGCUGUACAAUUUGAUAAAGCUGGUCGACCCUAUCAUUUUCUAUAUUAUACAGCUAAACAAAAUUAUUAUGAUGUUUUACAUGCAGUCGCAAAUAAAAUUGAAGAACUUAAAAAAGUUGAAGUAUCUAUGGUUGCAUCUGGUCGUGAACCAGAUUAUAGUUUAAAUGAUGAAUUUAAUUAUACUCAGUGGGAAAGUAAAGAAAUUUUUGAACAAAGAUUUUUAGAAAAACUUGAUGAUGAACAAUAUAAAACAUUAAUUGUUUGUUUAAAUCGUCUUGUUAAAAAUCCAAUGGCAUAUACAAUGAAAGAAUAUAUAAAUUCAUUUCGAACAAAAUUAGCCGAUACAAUAAGUAAACAAGAAAUUGAACCGUUACGUUAUGAUGCAGAUGGUCGACCUUAUCAAAUAGCUACUGGUAAGUAA